AUGUCGAGUGUCAAUAUCGUUCACAAUUUCAAAAAUUUCAAGGUAAAAGUCUCUACCAAUGAUCGUUUGAAUGAUGCUCUAGAAAAAAGUAUAAUUCAUUUCAAGUUAGCUAAGAGAGAAGAAACAAGAUUUGUAUUGUUUCAUAAUAAGACACCUGUCGCAUUGGAUUUACCAUGGAGAUUUUUGAAUUUACCUGCAGGUGCAAAUUUAGAACUAUUAGAACUUGGUGAAGUGGCAAAUUCUGAAAAACCACAGGAAUCGACUAUUAUUAAGAUACGAUUCAUUGUGAAUCAACACUAUGGGUCUAUUAUGCAAGAGAGUAAUACAUCUGAUAAUAUUACAGAUGUACUUCAAAAUGUUGCAACUUUACAGAAAUGGGAUGAUCAAUAUUUGAAAUCAUCAAGAAUAACGUUACAAAUAUUUUCUAAAAUGUAUACUAUUGAAGAACUGACUAAUCGUAGUUUCCAAUCUCUUGGGAUUACCAAUUCAUUAUCGGUUCGUGUUACAUUACCUAUAGAUGAAACUCAGACAAAUGAAUUACACUCACUACCACCUGAACCUGUUAUAACACAACCUGUUCCAACACAGAUUGAAAGAACGAUAGUUCCAGAAGUUGAGAUCCCAGCAUUACCACAACAUCAACCUGUUGCAUAUAUUCCAAGUACGACACCUAUUGCAGACCAAGUUUCUCAAGUUGAAGCCGAAGAUGAUUUUGAAAUGACUGUUGAACAAGCUAGAAGGUAUCAACAGAUCCUUAAGAAGAAGACAGGAAAUUUGGGAGGUCCAUUGAUGACAAAACGGAUGCGAGAAGAGAUGGAACAAAACAGCAAAUCACAUAUCGUAGUCUCUGAGUGUCUAGUGAGAAUUAAAUUCCCAGAUUUGACUUACUUAGAAAUACGUUUCUCUCCAACAGAUACAACAUCUAUAAUAUACGAACAGGUGGCAGAGUCAUUACUUGAUGAACAAAUAUUGUUUGAACUAUACCAUCCACAUCCUCAGAAGUAUGUGGAAAACACUACGGAUAAAGAAUUAGUGAAGGAUAUGCAUUUCGGCUUAAAGACUGUAUUAUUGUUCAAGCCUGAAUCCACAAAUACUAACGGGCCAUUUUUAAAAUCAACUUUAUUGAAAGAAGCAACUGUGUUAUCCACUGAGAGAUCAGAUAAAGAGAUAAAGCAAUCAUCACAAAGUCAACAAAAAUCAUCUCAAAAAGAUCCAGUUGUGAAAAAGACAUUAAAUAAAGUACCUAAAUGGUUAAAACUUUCUAAAAAAUGA